AAAGAAACUCACAACUCUGAGAUCAGACACUUUACAACGGUUUAACUUUUUAAACUAUUUUUAUAAUUUUGUCUGUUCCACUUUUGUGGAAGUGUGUGUGUGUGUGUGUGUGUGUGUGUGUGUGUGUGUGUGUGUGUGUGUGUGUGUGUGUGUGUGUGAGCGAAGAAGGGAUUUUACCUCACGCUGUGUGUGUGUACACUCUUGGACUUUGAGACUUUGACUGAGAGACUCAAUAUUAAGCAGGUCAGAAAUGGGAAGAUGGGCCUGGCACCUCAGUGUGAUAUUUCUCUCUCUUAUCCUGAUUGCUCAUCAUGAUGUCAGUGCCAAUCGCUGUGCAGCGAGUAAAGCCACCAGCUGCUCUGCAUGUCUGCAGACUGGAUUUGGCUGUGCAUACUGUCCUGAUGAGGUGUUUGGGUUUGAUCGAUGUGACCUGCUGGAGAACCUGAAAUCUCACGGCUGUGUUCAGAUCGUAUCAGUGCAGAGCUCCAUGUCCAUGCUGAAGAACAUUGAGAUUAAUAAGAACCUAAAACACUCCCAAGUGGCUCCUCAGCAGAUGAGUAUGACUCUGUUACCUGGUGAGGAACGUGAGGUGGAGAUGGAGGUGUUUGAGCCAGCACGAGGUCCACUUGACCUCUACAUUCUCAUGGACUUCUCCAACUCCAUGUCUGAUGAUCUGGACAACCUCAAGAAGAUGGGAGAUGAGCUAGCUCGGCUGGUCGGGACGCUGUCUGAUGACUACACCAUCGGAUUUGGCAAAUUUGUUGAUAAAGUCACUGAACCACAGACAGACAUGAGACCAUCAAAGUUGAAGGAGCCGUGGGCGAAAAGUGACCCGCCUUUCUCCUUCCAGCACGUCAUCACUCUCACCAGUAACAUCAGCACUUUCAGACAGAUCCUGCAGAAGGAGAGAAUAUCUGGCAACCUGGAUGCUCCUGAGGGGGGAUUUGACGCCAUCCUGCAGGCCGCCGUGUGUCAGUCUCAGAUCGGGUGGAGGCAACACAGCACCCAUCUCCUGGUCUUCUCCACCGAGUCGGCGUUCCAUUAUGAAGGAGACGGCAUAAACGUGCUGGCGGGAAUUUUACCACGGAAUGACGAGGCAUGUCACCUGGACACUAAGGGUCUGUAUACACACGCCACACAGCAGGAUUACCCAUCAGUCCCCACACUGGUGCGGCUCCUCGUCCAGAAUAACAUCAUCCCCAUCUUCGCCAUCACCAACCACUCGCUUUCCUACUAUGAGAUGCUGCUUCAUUAUUUCCCCAUCGCUGAGCUCGGAGUUCUGACAGACGAUUCGUCCAACAUCCUCAACAUCAUCAAGAACGCCUUCGAUAGUAUCCGUUCAAAGAUCAGUAUCCAGACUGAAAACAAACCUAAAGCGAUCAUUUCUCAGAUCCUCUCAGCAUCAGGAGUCGCUUCAGAUUAUGGAAAAUUCAAAAUCCAGCCUGGAGAAAUCGGUAAAUUUAAAGUGCUUCUGAGCGCUAAGACAAGUGUGAACGACAAACCUGUGUGCAGUCUGAACACCAACGAGCGCACAGGAACCAUCAGGGUCAAACCCACCACCUUUAGCUCCGCCCUCGAAAUACAAACCACCGUACUCUGUGAAACCUGCAACUGUGAACAGUUCCCGAUAACGAAGGCGAGUCGGUGUAGCGGUAACGGGGACCUGGUGUGUGGAACCUGCAAAUGUCACAAUAACUGGUUGGGUCCCUUCUGUAACUGCUCGUCUCAGAUGUCCUCAGAUGUAAGUGGGUGUGUGGCCCCGGGGUCGACACAGCCAUGUAAUGGUAGAGGAGACUGUCUGUGUGGGACGUGUCUGUGUUACAACCCCAAUCAGUACGAAGGACAGUUCUGUCAGUACGACAGAUCACAGUGCCACAGAUCAGGAGGAUUCCUCUGUAACGAUCGAGGCCGGUGCUACAUGGGUGGGUGUGUGUGUGACAGUGGAUGGACGGGAAAUGCAUGUGAGUGUCCUCUCAGUAAUGCAACCUGUCUGGACAAUAAAGGGGGUUUGUGUAACGGUCAUGGUGUGUGUAAAUGUGGACGAUGUGAGUGUGAAUACGCCGGACUAGAGUUGGGAACAACAUGUGAACCAAACUUCCAGGCACAGUUGGGGAUGUGCGAGAGCAGGAGGAGUUGUGUACAGUGUCAGGCCUGGAAGACUGGAGAGAUAAAAGGAGACAAGUGCAAGGAAUGUCCGUUUACCAUCAAGAUGGUGGAUGAGCUGAAGGACAGAGAUAAAGUGAUAGAGACGUGUGAGUAUCGUGAUGAAGAAGAUGACUGUACGUAUCACUACACAGUGAAUUAUCCUAAUAAUCCCUCUGAUAAAGAGCACGAGGUGGAGGUGCUCAAGAAGAAAGACUGUCCUCCUGGAGGUUUUCUCUGGUUGAUUCCUCUCAUCAUGUUCCUAAUGCUUUUGUUGGGUCUCUUACUGCUCUGCUGCUGGAAAUACUGUGCAUGCUGCAAGGCAUGUCUGGCUCGGCUGUGUGUCUGCAGUCCGUGUUGUGCGAUGGGUCGUAUUGUGGGGUUUAAAGAAGAUCACUACAUGCUCCAUCAGUCCAUGUUGAGCUCAGAUCACUUGGACACGCCGAUGGUACGGACCGGGCCGACAAACAGCACAGAUGUUGUGCGCUGGAAAGUGAAAGACAACGUGCACCGUGGACCGAACCUCCCUCAGAACCAGAUCCAACCCAACCCUAAAGAAAUCAUCGACGUCCCUCUCUCUCUUCGGCUCCACAGAGCGUUCUCCGAUGAACUUUCACGCCCGGAAGCUCGUAACACUGAGAUGCUCAAACAGGAAGUGGAGGAAAAUCUGAAUAAUGUUUUCAGACAAAUUCCUGGUGCUCACCGAGUGCAGAAGACCAGAUUCAGGACCCAGAGGAAUGCAGGGAAGAGGCAGAACAACACCAUUGUGGACACGGUUCUCUCGGCUCCUCGCUCCAGCUACCACAACAUCACGAACCUGGUUCAUAAACAGGUGCAGUCUGGAAACUUCAGCGAUUUGAAGGUGGUGCCGGGAUACUACACUGUGGCCACAGACAGAGAGGCGAUGGGAGUGGUGGAGCUGCAGGAGGACGUGGAGUCUGUUGAUGUUCGGGUCCCACUCUUCAUCAAAGAUGAGGAUGAUGAUAAGAAACAGUUGCUGGUGGAGGCCAUUGACGUUCCGAUGGGAAUCGCCAACAUCGGAAAACGCUACGUCAAUAUCACUGUGAUUAAAGAACACGCUAAGAGCAUACUGACCUUCCUUCAGCCCUCGUAUACAUUCUCUCGCCAAGACGGUGUCGCUAACAUCCCGAUUAGCCGCGACAUCAUCGAGGACGGUCGCACUCAGUUCACCUACUGCACCCGCGACCUAACUGCGAAGGACAAGAAGGACUACAUCUCAGUAGACGGAGACCUGAUGUUCCAGCCUGGAGAAACUCAGAAGAUGGUUCCUGUGAAGCUGCUGGAGCUCAGUGAAGGAGACGCCCUGUUGGAUAAACAACCUAAACAGUUUGUGAUGGAUCUGAGCAACCCUCUCCAGGGCGCUAAACUCGGCAAAUACCCCCGAACCACCAUCAACAUAGCUGACAAGCCAGAGUCGAGCGUGAUCAUGUUUAAGAACAGCACGCAGAACUUCAACAUAUCGGAUGCGCUCUACACCGUCCCUGUGAUACGCACUCAGGGUCUGGAAAACCCUUCCACCGUUAACUGGAGAACAAUCUCCUCCCGCUUCAAUCUUUCCGGUCCGGUCAAGUUUGCUCCUGGAGAGAUGGAGAAGAACAUUGUGAUUGACACUCGUACACAGCAGAUGGUCCCCAAAGAAAGCUUCCAGCUGGAGCUGUUCGAUCCGAGCGCCAACAGCCUCAUCCGAGACAGGAAGACCACACUGGUCAACAUCACUGAUUCCAGAGGAGAUUUUGUAUCUAAGACAGGAUCUGUUCCAGUUAAAGCCUCGUCUCCUACUGGACGAAUUUUUGCUCCAACUAACAUUGAAGCUACACCUACAGGCCCCAAAAAAAUCCACCUUAACUGGAACCCUCAGCCUGGAGCCAAAGGAUAUAAGGUGAAGUACUGGAUCUAUGGAGACCCAGAGGCUGAAGCCCAGGUGGUGGAUGUUAAAAACACUCACGCCGAAUUGACGAAUCUCUACCCGUACUGCGAUUAUGAGAUGCGUGUGUGUUCAUACAAUGCUCAGGGAGAUGGGGACUACAGCGACAUCACACAGUGCCAGACUCUUGAGGAUGUCCCGAGUGAACCGGGUCGCCUGGCCUUCAAUGUCAUUGGCCAAACUGUCACUCAGCUGAGCUGGGCAGAACCAGCAGAGCCCAACGGCGUGAUCACAGAGUACGAGGUUGUCUACACACCCAUUAAUGAGGACAGCAAACCCAUUGGACCUGAUAAGAAGGUGAAGAUCGACAACCCCAAGAAGCGCAUGCUGCUUAUCGAGAACCUGCAGAAAUCACAGACGUACCGCUACAAAGUGCGUGCAAGCAACAAGGUAGGAUGGGGACCCUACAGAGAUGCCACCAUCAAUCUGGCCACCCAGCCUCUCAGACCCAUGUCCAUUCCCAUUAUUCCUGAUAUUCCUAUCGUGGAUGCAGAGGCAGGUGAUGACUACGACAGCUUUCUCAUGUACAGUAAUGAAGUUCUUCGUUCGCCUACGUCCAGCACCAGACCCAGUGUGUCUGAGUUCUCAGAAGAGCAGAUCAUAAAUGGAAAGUGGGAUCAAGGGUUCUUGUUCCCAGGGGGAAGUGGUUCCAUGUCUCGUAACAUCAGUACAUCUUCUAGCUACAACCUCUCACCCCGCCCUGGUGGUGCCAACCAGACAGUGGAGACCACGAUGACUUACAUAACCAACAAAGGAGGAUCAAUGCCUCGUAAACACGACAUCCACACGGAGGAUGUGACAUUGAGAAAACGGUCGGAAAACAGGAAUUAUUAUGAUAAUGAUGGUAUAAGAGACUCCAUCGUGAUGAGUGAACUGACUGGAGGAUUCUCUGAAGUUCUAAGCGGUUCUAGCUUCAGCCAGAGUACAACUACCAGCUACAGCAUGAACUCCCGUGUACACAAUCACUCAGAUGACGUCAAUGAAGCUCUGCAGAACCUGGACAGGGUUCUCCAGGAAACUCGGCUGCAACGCGGAGUGCCAGAAACCCCAAGCAGGCUGGUGUUUUCAGCUCUGGGCCCAACGGCACUGAAGGUCAGCUGGCAGGAGCCUCACUGCGAAACGCCAAUAAGAAGAUACUGUGUCCUCUAUCAGCUCCUCAGUGGAGGUGAAAUAAAGUCCAUAGACAUCAAUAACCCUACACAGAAUUCUGUGAUGGUUCAGGACUUACUGCCAAACCAGUCAUACCUGUUCAAGGUCAAAGCUGAGAGUCAUGAGGGUUGGGGUCCUGAGAGAGAAGGAGUGAUCACCAUCGAGUCUGCUGUCGACCCCAAGAGUCCCCUCAGCCCUGUUCCAGGGUCUUCAUUUACUCUCAGCACUCCCAGUGCUCCAGGUCCACUGGUCUUCACUGCAUUAAGUCCAGAAACUCUCCAGCUCAGCUGGGACAAACCACGAAAACCCAACGGAGAGAUCGUGGGCUACGUGGUCACCUGUGAACAGCUGCAUGGUGGAGGAGAUCAGCGCUCCUUCCAGCUCAGCGGAAACUCGGCCACGACGCUGACUGUUUCUGAUCUGAGUGAAAACGUGCCGUAUAAAUUUAAAGUUCAGGCUCAGACCACACAAGGCUUCGGGCCUGAGAGAGAGGGGAUCAUCACCAUCGAGUCUCAGGAUGGUUCUGUGGGUCAGUACGGCAGUCAGUCUGUAAUGAGGAGAGAAGUGUUUAAUAUGCCAUCACAGAGCACAACACAGACAACACACACUAUGUUCACUGAUCCAUUCAUCACACCAGAGGGUAUUAUGAUGUCAGGCAGACAAGUCACACAACACUCAGAGAUAAGUGGCAGCAUCACGAGGCAGGUGGAGAUGGUGCAGAGGGGAGUGAAGUCCACCGUCACCAAGAAACAAUAUUAUGAAGCCUGAUGGAGACGAUGCAGACCUGCUGUGUUCAGUUAUGUUACACCUCAUGCACUGUCCUGUUCCACUGACACACACUCACUCACACACACACACACACACACACACACACACACACACACACACACACACACACACACACACACACACUCACUGACACACACACACACACACUGACACACACACACACAGACACAGACACAGACACACACACACACACACACACACACACACACACACACACACACACACACACACACACACACACACACACACACACACACACACACACACUGUGUACUAGCCUGAACAUGUAUAAGAAUGAGGAACCUGAGACAUUUUCCCACUUGUGUUCAGGUAAAAGUGAUAUUUUCGCUUUAGUACUGAUGUGUAACUGAAGCUCUGAACCACAAGCUGCACAAAAACAUGCUGAAGUUAAGCGUCGUUAUUCUGACAAACACAACAAAAGGUCAUCAACACAUUCGUCUUACUGAUAGACUGUCAAGUGUUAAAUAUAAAAUCAUCAUUAGUCUGAAGCUGUUUGUGUAAACAUUAAAGUCUCUUCAGAGUUCUUCUCAAAACUGCUGAUUUAAAAUACACUGAUAUGAUCUGAACAACAACAACAACAACAACAACAACAACAACAACAAUACUAAUAAUAUGAUGAUGAUUUUUCAGUCUUAUUGAAUGUAAACUGUUCUGUACUUUAGUCUCUUUGCACUACAUCCAUCUCGCAUCCUAGCAGACUUUAGAUAGUUUAAGGUUUUUUUGUUUCUUUAUUUUUAUAUCUCAUUAUUUUAUGUUAUGAUGCUAAAUAUGAUGCAUUUUGAAUGUCAUUCUGCAAACAAAAACAUUUCCACAGUGAAUGACUCUGAAGAGUACAACAACAACAACAACAACAACAACAACAAUAAUAAUAAUAAUAAUAAUAAUAUCUGCAGCGCCAUCUACUGGGCCAGUUACUGUAAGGCCCAAUCACUGAGCAGAAUUUAAUCAUGUGACUAUUGGUGUGCGUGAGGUGUAGGUUCUGUUCAACAGAUAAUUAAUUAAAAAGCACUUUUAAUAUAAACAUUAUUUAUAUAUCAGCCAAAAGGUUUUUAUACAAACAUCAUAAAUGAUCAAACUGGAACAAUUUUUUACAUGACUUGUUACUUAGCUAAUUGAAAUGCUCUGGCUAGUUAACGUUGGCUUGCUAGCAGAGUAAUUGAGUCACUAAUUGAUUAAUUAAACAUCUCAUUGAAUUAAAAUCAAAAUGUUCAUAAUAAACCCAGUGACACACGACGCCAUUAUUAAUCUCUUUAUUCUCAUAACUCUGUCAGAAACGUACGAUCCUCAUGAAUUCGGUUCUUUUUAUCCUUAACGUUCUUUUAUAAGCUUAACGAGUUGUUGGUGACACAGUUGUGAGUGUAACGGAGUCGUGUGAGAAGUUUCUCUCAGAUAAAAGUCUUUUUCUACAAAAUUUAUAAAAAUGUUUUAACUUUAGAUCGUUUUACUGUUGCAUGUUAUUUUAUUUUUAUUGUAUAACCAACAGCUGGAAUCUCGCUUACAAUAAAACAACAAAAUAUUCAUUAAACUUCA